GCGGCGUGGGCCGCGGCGUCGCGGUGUACUAGUUUCCGGCGUCUGGGCUGCGGCCCCGCGCGGGCUCCGCGGCUGCCUGCAGCAGCAGGAGGAAGAGGAGGGUGUGCGUGAGCGCCCCCCCCCCCCGCCGAACCCCUUCUUUUCCAAGACCCCCCAGCCAGCAGCGACCCUGAGCCGACCCCCGGAGCGCCCGGCAAUGGCGGCCUCGACGGCCUCGCACCGGCCCAUCAAGGGAAUCCUGAAGAACAAGUCUUCGGCCACUUCCUCGGUGGUGGCCCCGGCCGAACAGCCCCGGCGGGACGUGGAGGAGGAGCUGGGUAAAAAAUCCCAGAAGUGGGAUGAGAUGAACAUCCUGGCAACAUAUCAUCCAGCAGGCAAAGACUACGGUUUAAUGAAAAUAGAUGAACCAAGCACUCCAUAUCAUAAUGUGGUUGGUGACGAUGACGAUGCAUACAGUGACUCAGAAGCCACCGAAGCCUUGACUCCAGAGAUCUUAGCUAAAAAAUUAGCUGCUGCUGAAGGCUCAGAGCCAAAGUAUCAGACUAAGGAGGAGGAAAGCAGUGAAGAGGACAGUGACCUCUCACCGGAAGAGCAAGAAAAAAAGCGACAAUUUGAAAUGAAAAGGAAGCUUCACUACAACGAAGGACUGAAUAUUAAACUAGCUAGACAAUUACUUUCAAAAGACCUGCAUGAUGAUGAUGAGGAAGAUGAAGAAAUGCUGGAGACUGCAGAUGGAGAAAGCAUGAAUAUUGAAGAGUCAAAUCAAGGAUCUGCAGCAAGUGACCAACGGCAAAACAAAUCACAAAGUUCAUAAAAGAAACUUGUUCAACCUCUCAGUUUGUCAAAUGCAAACUGUUACUAUAAUACACUGCUUCUUGUUUUCCACAGUUCACAGUUUAAGCACCAAAAUGUAUACCAGUUAUUACAUAUUGCCAAGAAUUAAAUGAUAACCAUAGAGACUGACUAGAGUGAGAUGCAUAUAUUCCUGUGCCUCGUACAUACUUCACCACAAUUAUAGUACAAUGCCACUAGUCCAAAACUGCUUUUACUUUUUUAAGAACACUGGUUAAUUUGUAUAAGAUAUAUAUAUAUAUAUAUAGCUUUUUAUGCUUUAGAGAUUGAAUAUUGUCUUUGGGGGGAGGGGAACUAAUUUAUUUUCAUCACUUCUAGAUGUGAUAUGUCUUAUGAAACAUUUGUUCGAGGAGUUCUUUUAUCAAAAGCUAUUGUGCGCUGGGAUAUGUAGGUGGAUAAAUAUUCAGGCUAAAAGGUAUUUUAACACUUCAAUUUGUUUUGUCUAAUUGAGAAGGAUUAUUAAAAGAAGAGUUACUGUUGGA